AUGGUUGUUUCUCUGGAGACAGACAAUGAAGAUCCAAAGAUUUCAAAAUACAUAUACGAAGUACGCUUUCCCCAAAUCACAAAGCUUACACGGUGGCAAAUGUGGUGUUUCAUGGCAGUUAACAUAUGUUUCCUCCUCAUUGGUCAAGGAGCCGCCGUGCUUCUUCUAAGGUUUUACUACGAAAAAGGUGGACAUAGUAAAUGGACCGCCACUCUUGCUCAAAACGCAGGGUUCCCUAUUCUCUUCAUACCCUUUAUUCUUUUUCCUUCAAUUAAAGAACCAUCAACCAAAUGUCCUGUGAUCAUUGUCAUGUUAGUCUAUCUCGGUCUUGGUUCACUUAUCGCAGGUGAUUUUUUGUUAUAUUCUGUUGGGCUAGCAUACUUAUCAAGUUCUACUUACUCACUUAUUUGUGCAAGUCAAUUAGUUUUUGGUGCAGUUUUCUCAUUUUUCAUAAAUUCCCAAAAAUGUACAAUCUUGAUCUUGGAUUCAAUCGUUGUUCUUACAUUGUCCGCAUCUCUUGUUGGAUUUAGUGACUAUUCAGCUGACAAAAAUGUCACUGGAGCUAGAUUCACACUUGGGUUCGUGUCAACACUUUGUGCUUCGGCUCUUUAUGCUCUAUUACUUUCCCUCACACAGCUUUCUUUCCAAAAAAUCAUCAAGAAAAAAACCUUUGGAGUGGUUCUUGAAAUGCAGAUAUGUACUUCAAUCGUGGCAUCAUGUGUUUCGGUUAUGGGUCUUUUUGCUAGCGGUGAAUGGAGGUGGUUGAGAAGUGAAAUGGACACUUUUGAUGGAGGGAGUUUGUCUUAUGUCAUGACUUUGAUAUGGACCGCUGUGGCUUGGCAAAUAUGUUCAGUUGGUGUUGUUGGUUUGAUUUUUGUGGUGUCGUCUUUGUUUUCAAAUGUGGUUAUUACUCUUGCGUUGUCCCUUUCGCCUUUGGCUACUGCAGUUGCUUUUAAGUAUACAAUGAACGGUGCUAAGGUCAUCGCGGUUCUUAUGGGGAUUUGGGGGUUCUCGACUUAUGUUUAUCAGAAAUUUCUUGAUCUUGAGGAGAACAAUAACAUAAAUACUGAUAAAUCCCCUGAAUGCCCUUGUUGA